GUUUAGGAAGGGUUUAAAAGUUUGGCAUGGUUGAAAUACACUUUACUUAUCUUCACUGGCAGCUGUGCCUGGACAGGGCAACCUGGGCUUCUCUGAACUUGACCCUGUGGGGAGCACACGCAACAAUGAAUAAUUCAACAAGCUGUUUGGCCAAUGCAACAACCUGCGAUGGAGCCUCCUGUGUGCUCCCUGAGAGUAAUGCCAACUAUAUCCUGAGUGUCGUUCUGAGUACCGUCCUCACGAUCUUGUUGGCCUUGGUGAUGUUCUCCAUGGGCUGCAAUGUAGAAUUCAAGAAAUUCGUCGGGCAUUUAAAGCGGCCAUGGGGUGUAUUCAUUGGCUUCCUCUGCCAGUUCGGAAUCAUGCCCCUCACAGGAUUCGUCCUCUCAGUGGCCUUCAACAUCCUCCCCAUCCAAGCUGUAGUGGUUCUCAUCAUAGGAUGCUGUCCUGGAGGAACCUCGUCGAAUAUCUUAGCAUAUUGGGUCGAUGGCGACAUGGACUUGAGUAUUUUGUUGCGCAACAUCCUUCUUGUGACCUCUGAGAAAGGCUUUCAUCUGCUAAAAGUAGGUUUUAGAGCGACCUCCUGUGAUCUUCUACUUAUAUCUCAGGCACUUCACUCUCCUGCUGCUAUUGCCUUCCGAGACACCUGCCUUAGAGUUAAAGAACCUGCCCGUAUCUCGCUGGUGGCUCUUGUUGUCCCUGUUUCCGUUGGGAUGGUUGUUAAUCACAAGUGGCCCCAAAAAGCCAAGAUCAUACUUAAGAUUGGUUCCAUCACAGGGAUUAUCCUCAUUGUGCUCAUAGCUGUAGUUGGAGGAAUACUGUACCAAGGAUCCUGGGUCAUCAAUCCCAAACUCUGGAUUAUUGGAACUAUCUUUCCUUUGGCUGGUUACUCGCUAGGGUUUCUUCUGGCUAGAAUAGCUGGUCUGCCCUGGCACAGGUGUCGGACGGUUGCUUUGGAAACGGGGAUGCAGAACACGCAGCUGUGCUCCACCAUAGUCCAGCUGUCCUUCACUCCGGAGCAGCUCACGCACAUGUUCACCUUCCCCCUCAUCUACAGCGUCUUCCAGCUGGUCUUUGGAGCCCUGUUCUUAGGAUGUUACGUGACAUACAAGAAAUGUUAUGGGAAAAAUAAGGAAAACUUCCCAGAGAGCAAAGACAGCGAAACCGUGCCCGAGUCCUCCCUGUAUAAAAUGAAUGGAGGAUUUCAGCCAGAAGAAAAGUAGAAAACGGUGGCAAAGCAGAAGCAUUCUGAGGAAUGUCAUUCAACUAUAAAUCUAUCUGGACUAUUUGUUUUGGUGGAAGAGCUGGCAGGAAAUGAUGGCGCGAAGUUUUAAACUCAGCUUGAAUUCAUAUUUGGGAUUCAGUGCCGAAUGACUGGUGAUCCAAUUCAUUAAUGUGACAAAGACGUGUAAUGCCAUUGAACUAUACUAAGAAAAUCACUCCAAACUGGACCUGACAGAGUUAAAGCACUGAGGGCCGGGUAGGUCUCGAACUUACCCAGUCUCGACACUCAGAGAUGAGCACCUGACUUUUUGUAUGUUAAAAUAAGAGCCAUAAAUUAUUCUUAUAGUGACCAAAAUUUCUCAGUACUUAUAAUUGCAAAAAUAUUGAGGGGAAAACUUUGCAGCACGUUUCUUUAUAUAAUAGGAUAGUAUAAUGAGAAAAUAUAUAUCAUGCUAACAUUAACAACAACAAAAAACAUGCUGCCCUGACAGUCCACGAAAGAGGAGUUGCCAGAUAGAAUGCAAUGCCGAACUGAAACAGGUGUGUAACUCGUCGGGGCAAUUGUACAUCCAUUGUUCUACCUCAGAGCCCAGAUCACUCAAGGGAAAACAGAACGCUUGUAAGUCACUUGAAUUUGGCAGAGUUUUUCAAAUUCUGCAAAGAGACAUUGCUCAAGAUUUUCCAGGAGGAGGAGGCACGUCCACAUUGACUAAAUGCACAACUAGUUAGUUGCUACAAGGCACCAACAAUAGGCAUCACAGAGCAAGAAAUUGGCAAGAAGUACAGACAGAAGUUUUGGCAAAAACACCAAAAUUCUAGUGGGUGAAUGCAAGCCCAUGUGCCUCAUGAGAAAACAUGGCAGAGCGUAAAUAAAGGAAGCCUCUUUGAAAUGUUUGAACAGAGUCAACUAGAUAUGCCGUAGUGAGUAGUGGCAAGAAGAAUCAAGUCAAGGAAGGUUCAAGAAAGUGAGUAUUAAGGAAAGCAGAGGACAAGCACCAUUCCAGGAAGAAAAGGGGCAUUGCUAGACGCGUUUCCUGGAUAUUUCUAGUAUUUGUUAACUAAAGAUAAAAAACGUUUUAAAAGAUUUGACAAAUAGCAGGAUGUUUUGGAAAAUGGUCGUCUUCAAUUUUCAAUUCUAAGAUCUAAAUUACUUUUCCUUACCUCGUUCCGCAGUGAGGUGUAGCAGCAUUCUUAAUUUAGUUCUUAGUGAUUACAUUUUGUUUCCCUUGUAAACAUGUUUCACUGUCUCAUAGAUCCCCUUUCAAAUGCUUCUGCCUCAAAUGAUGUUUUCCAUUUAAUGAUCUCAAUUCAGAUCCUGCUUCAGAGGAAAAUAAACAUAAAUGCUUAACUUAGCUCUUUCAAUAGAGAGAGAAGGCAAACCUGCUUUAAACGUUGUAACUUUCAUGCACAUACACUUUUUCAUUCAAGGAACACAUUCACAAUUAAAUAAGGUCCUUAUAUUUUUCCAUUGGAUAAAUUAAAAGGACUAGACAUAUUUAAAGGCGAGGGGUAUAGGGAAGCUACAGAUUUUCCUCUAAGGAAUUAAUCAAUAUUUCUUGUUGUGAAUGGAAGACUUUCAGUUUUAAAUACCCUAUAGACUUUCCAUAUUAAGCGGGAGGAAAGGUGCAUUAAAGUCACACGGUGAAUUGGUACCAUAAUUCCAACACACC